UAGAACUUGAUAUUGCCAACAGCACGAGGGUCACGCUGCUUAAUGUUACCACAGAACUCAUCUCCGCCGAUCGAUGUGCACACACCUAGGUCGUCCUUCUCUGUCAUUCAUUCCUUGAAUGGCGAGUCUCUACAACAGCUCUGCGACAAGCUUACUCGGAAGGGCCGCGCCGAGUUUCGCAACAAACGCGUAGGCCCAGGGUGGAUCAAAUACUUUUGGAACAACACAGUGUGGAACCUGGACGACGCCGACGAUUACACCAUUUUUGUUCGGCGCCAUAACCCCACACCGGCCUCCAAUGAAGGCAAUGUAGUCACCCAGACCACCCUACACGUCAACGAUCCGUCUAGCCAAUUGCCAGGGCCACCAGAGUAUCAAAACCCAUCGUUCUACGUUUUUCAAUCUUCCAGGACUACGUCACCUCUUCCACGCUCAGACCACAGUGUCAAGGGGAACAGCGAACAGCACACUAAUCACAAGACGGUAAACACUGGUGUUGCAAAGCAUCGAAAGGAUUUUGAAAAGUUUCACAAUGAAAACGGAGUGCGGACCGUUGUGGGAAGUAUCGGUCCAGUCACCAACGUCAGGAUGUUACUGAGGAAGGGGUAUCGACACGUGUAUAUGUCACGAAAGUUCGCUCUGAAGCACGGAUUCAUACCUGCGGAUGCUGCUCCGGGGCAUUAUGGGUACGGCGGCCUCGUCAAUCUAGGGAAGUGGCCGAUCACUCUGACAGUCGCUGACCGCCCCCCCUUGCAUGGUGUGGGCUCUGCCGAACCCUCCGCUCCAACAACCGAGAGUCCGUUACGACUGCAGUCUAAGACGGUUUCUGUCCCUGUUUACCUCUCUGAAGAGCCACAUUUUGACGUUGUCCUUGGACGUUCGUUCUUCGAAUGUAGGCAAAUUAAACUGUCUACAGUUGAUCCAACUGAGGUGAUUUGUUUGGACACGGGUGAGAAAGUUGAGUGUCAGCUGGUGGUAUUGAAAGAUGGUAGAGGCGAAGUUGUUAUUGUGACUUGACAGUAUCCCUUCCUUACAGACGUGAUGAAGUAUAUUGCCAUGAUGAGACUAACUCGUAAACAUGUUUAUAAUUGCAAAAUAUUGUUGUAUAGAAGGAC